AUGCAGUUCGUAGCUUCGCGCUUCUUCAGAGACCCUCCGAGUCAGGACGAGAAGAUGGCUCAUACUGAACUAAAUGGCGACAUAGACUUCAGUGCUGGAAUCCAAAGCCAUGGCAUGAAGUACAAACCUUCUCGCUUCUUCUUGCGCAAGACAGGCAAGCUUGACAAGUCACCGCCUGUAGUCUACGAAACCGUACCCCUAAGCUUGGUUGCCUGCCAGGAGAACCAAUCUGAGCGUGACAGCUCGUUAGAUGAACCGCCAGUCACAAGCACCGCGUUCCGGUUCCCCCAAGUCUCGUCCGAUCUUGCACCGUCACCGUUGCCCUCGAGCUACCCGAGCAGCACCCAUAGCUCGUGUAAGCAAGAGGCGGACUCACAAAAAUUUCGCAACACUGAGGACCAAGAUCUCAACUUGGUUCCAGUGCACGUCCCGCGCAACUCUCGCUCCUCGCUCAUCCUCCCCCAAGGCGGCCACGCUGCCAUCUCGCGACCCGUCCAUCUGCCUCAGUACUCCAAUCUGCCCAUCCCGGAGAAUGCCGCCACGGUUCCCUUCACCAAGCCAGCUGGUCCGCCUCCAUCCCGUCCAUCCAGACCCGAAAGCCUCGAUGCAGAGACCAUGACCUUCAUGCAACAGAGUGGUAUGCGCAUGGUGAUUGGCACCAGCAACCGCGCGAGCAACAGCACGGCAUCUUCAUCCACUCCUCGCAGCUACACCAGCUCGAUUGAAGCACGCCUCGGCUUCCCGUCCGGCCACAGCACUCCCCGAUCCGACUCUCUCGACUCUCCGCUCGCUGCUCGCUUCCCCCUUGACACGUUCCAGCCCCUCCCGAUCCGCGACAGCACGGGUAGCCUCAAGUUCAGCCGAUUCAGCGAGUACGUCAGGGCCGAACGCGGCGGGUAUGCUGGCGAUGGUGUCGACGAAGCCGAUCGCGAACUGGGUCCCAUCGAGCAGUUCGACAAGGCCAAGGAAGGUCAGUGGACGCUGGAGAAGAGGGUCAGCCAAGGCCCGAAUGGCAAUUCGGGCAUGUUGUUCCGCGAUAAGGCGGGUGCGUUUCACUUUGUUGCUGACAUCUAG